AUGAAACUCAACCGAGAACAUUUUCGCGCCAUAAUUUAUUACAACUUUCAGAGACAAUUACCGCAACAAGAAUGCCUUGCUGAGUUACUGUCUGUUUUCGGCAACGAAGCACGACAUCAGUCGACAAUUUCCCGUUGGUGUGGAGAAUUCAAACGUAGUCGGGUGAGUCUUAGCGACGAUCCCAGGGUGGGUGCACAAAAAACGGCAGUCAUCCCGAUCUCAAAGACCACGAUUCAAAAAAUUUCACAUGAAGAAUUAGGAGUAAGAAAAUUAGUUUCUCGUUGGAUACCCCGCCUGUUGACUGAAGAGCAGAAAGCAGUCAGGGUUAAUUGGUGUCAAAAACCGCUUGACCGCUUCAAUUCCGGAAACUCAAAAAAUGUGUACUGCAUUGCUAGUGGUGAUGAAUCGUGUAUUUACUGUUAUUCAACAAAAGUCAUCCGUUCUCGAAGUGUUUCGAAACAGAUGGUCGCGACAUCUGAGUCCAAAGCGGGUCAUAUUGCAACAAUUCCUCUUAAUGAGCACAGAACUGUAACUGCGGAUUGGUAUACCACCAUUUGUUUGCCAAAAAUCAUCACCGAGCUUCGAAAAAUCAAUCCCGACAGAAGAAUCAUCCUCCACCAAGACAAUGCAAGCUCGCACACAGCCCAAAAAACAAGGCAGUAUUUAACGGAAGAAAACUUGGAAUUAUUGGACCUUCCUCCAUAUAGUCCCGAUCUAAGUUCUAACGAUUUAUUUACUUUACCAAAAAUUAAAAACAGACUACGUGUUCAAAGGUUCCAGUCACCAGAAGAAGCAGUUAACGCAUUCAAAAAUGUCGUUUUGGAUCUGCCAGCAAACGGAUGGAAUAAGUGCUUAGAAAAUUGGUUCGAUCGCAUGCAGAUGUGUAUUACUGCACUUCGUCCUCAAUAA